AAUCAUCUUUUGGAACUCGAAAAUGUUGGGGAAGCACGGAACAAAGCACAACGGAAGCGUAUAAAAUCUUUUCCCCAAAUUAAUGAGAUGAAUAACAAGCACAAUGAACUCUGAAAAAAUCAGCAGCACACACACAAAUAAAUGGCAGCGAUAUUAAAUUAGAUGACACAGGAUUUACGUGGAAACCCCAAAUCGGGGAGAAAACCACGGCCGCUCAACAACGGCUCCCAAACUUCCACUAAUCACCAAGAAUCAAGUGGGUACAACAAGUUCUCCUCUCUAGUAAACACUAGAGGCAUACACAAUCAUCAAGGAGCAACCUUGGAGCAACAACAAUCAACAAUUCACCAAAAAUGGAGUAAAAACUCCAAAAACGCAGGUGUUCUGAGAACUAUUAUUCACCAGAUUUUACUUAAAUUGGACCAAAUUAGGACUGCAGCCUGAUCCAAUUUAAAUUGAUAUUCUUUUAAAGUCCAAAGUGCUUUAAAUAGCCGAACUUUUCUAGAAACCAAGUGUCACUUGAUUAGUGCUUGCUGCCUCGUUAAGUGGUUUUUGCUAAUCAAGGUUCUCGAACUGAUUUUGUUAAAUAACCGUAGUGUUACUGCAAGAUUGUUAUGGUGAUGUUUUCCAAAGAUUUUAUUGCGCUAUUCUUAGUAGUAACUUAAGGGUUGGUCUUUGGGUUGCUAAGGAUAGUAGGGUUUAGAGUUAGGGUUGGUCUUAACAUGAGCUAAUAUGAAUGGGAAAAUAGGGAAGAACCGUUGGUGGACCUCUUCUUCAGCCUAACCCUGAGUUUAAUUAGCAGUUUAAUUUCAGAAUCAAGACAUGAUAAAUUA